ACAGAUUUGACAGACAAAUUGUAAAUUUGUCAGUACCUAUGGUUUAUUUGCAAAUUAUUUGUUUAUUUGCAAUUAUUAUAAACAUAUUCUUAUCCGUAAAAGCUUGCAGUAAAAGCCACUGUAUUAUUUUGUAAAGGGUAACAGUUGUUCUCACAAUGUCUAAAAUAUUUACUCCUACUAAUCAAAUACGUUUAACGAAUGUCGCUAUAGUAAGGUUAAAGAAAGGUGGUAAGAGAUUUGAAAUAGCUUGUUACAGGAAUAAGGUUGUAUCGUGGCGCAACAAAUUAGAAAAAGACAUUGAUGAAGUUCUGCAAACGCACACUGUCUUCACAAAUGUCUCAAAGGGACAGGUUGCUAAAAAAGAGGAUUUGGUGAAAAUAUUUGGUAAAGAAGAUCAAACAGAAAUAUGUAAAGAGAUCUUAGAGAAGGGUGAAUUGCAAGUCUCUGAUAAAGAAAGGCAUUCCCAAAUUGAUUCUUUAUUCAAAGAUAUUGCAACAACAGUGGCCGACAAGUGUGUUAAUCCAGAAACAAAGAGGCCCUAUCCAGUGUCAAUCAUUGAAAAAGCCAUGAAGGAUAUCCAUUUCUCUGUAAAUGUCAACAAAAGUGCUAAACAACAGUCACUUGAUGUUAUACAGCUAUUGAAGAAAGAGAUUCCACUUGAGCGAGCUCAAAUGAGAGUAAGAAUUUUACUAACAGGUAAGGAUGCAAGGAAGACUAAGGACAAAGUUGUAAAACUAGCUAUGAGUGUUGAAGAAGAGAACUGGGACUCUGGCACUGCUAAUAUAAUAUGUUUGAUUGACCCUGGCAACUUCAGAGUCUUGGAUGAAAUGGUCAGAACAGAAACAAAAGGCACUGGACAGUUUGAACUGCUUAAUUUGAAAGAAACAGUUGAAGGAGAACAAGCUUUGUAAAAUUGUGGAGUAAUAUUGUUAUUUUUGUUUAAAUUCUGUUGAAAUAAGCAAUGUAUGAACGGAUAGCGUGGUUGUUUUUGUAGUUGAAAGUCGAGAUAUCAAAUGUUUUAAAUGUCAUUGAUGUCUCCUAAGGUCUCUUGUAUGCUAUGUAGGUAUAGAUCUAGUUAUGAACUAUAAUCUUUUACAUAAGUACCUACUGAUUAAUAAUUUGUAUGUUUGUAUCUUCAUAAAUAAUAUUUAUAUGUGUUUGGUUAAUAAAAUAUUUUAAAAUUAA